GAAUAUACAACCAGUAUGUUAAGAUGUAGUGGACAUAUGCUUGUUUUGCGUGCUGUGGAAUGUCUACACUUUAAUUCCAGAUGACAUUGAGAAGAACUCUGACAAUGUCUUGCAGACCAAAAGUAGGGGUGCUACUGUGUGCAGUGGUCCUAAUCUUCCUGGUACAAAAAACAAUAUACUUCACUUGGGAAGGACACAUAAGACAUGAGGAGCAUUUGAGACAAUUAGAAAAAGAUAAGAGCCUUGCGAAAAUCAAAAGGAUAUCAAGCAACUUUGCUUCGUUUCAAAGGAAAUAUACGUUCCAGUCAAAACAUUUUACAGACCAGGCAAAAGACGACGCUGUAAGCUUUACGCGAAACCUUCCGAACAUUUCUAACAAAACAAAGUCUGACUUGAAGGAGAGGACUCCCGAGGAAUUGAAUUCUAGAGACAGUUAUCGAUACUAUAUUUCUGAUACUGUGAGAGAUGACUUGCAAGAUGUCUAUGUAAAUUUACACAAGUACGAAUAUACUCUGAACAAUAAAUACGCCUGCAACGGAAAUGUCCUCGCUGUUAUUUUGGUUAACAGCGCUCCAGACAAACCCUCGGAAAGAAUGCAAAUACGGAACACAUGGGGAUCUGUUAGAUUUCACUCCGGAGCUACGGUUGUGACUCUCUUUGCUAUUGCUCAGACCGAGGAUGACAAGCUGCAAUCACACAUUGAAAGUGAAAGUAAGCAAUACGUCGAUAUCAUACAGGGUAAUUUCUUAGAUUCAUACAGAAACCUAACAUAUAAAACCGUGAUGGGACUCGACUGGGUUCACAAGUUUUGCAACCACACAAAGUUUGUGCUCAAAGUUGACGAUGACACACUUAUUGACACGUAUCAUCUUGUGGACUACCUGUUGCAAAGGUCGCCUGAUGGUGAUAUCGAGGAUUUCCUUUAUUGCUCAACUUUUAGGAACCAAGGCCCAAUACGACGCUCUGAUGAUAAGUGGUUUGUUCCAAUGACUGAAUAUCCCUACUCUAAGUAUCCACCUUAUUGCGAAGGAUUUGCGUACAUCAUGUCCUACGAUGUCAGUAAAAAGCUAUAUGAAGCAACAGAAACCGUAAAGAUAUACUGGAUUGACGAUGUCUAUCUAACAGGACUUGCGGCUAUCCAAGCACGGAUAACACACACGAAUAUGGAGAGUGGUCAUUCAUAUAAAUUAUUAGAUACUGACAAUCUUUCAAAAAUAGUUCAGUCUUCUUUGUUUUUGCUUGCUAAAUAUGACAGCAUGAGGCCAAAUUGGGACAGGGCAUGGGAUGAUAUUAAAUCUCUUCAUAAAAAGUGAUAAAAU